UCCUGGUAGGGUCGGCCUUUCAGAUGUCAUACUCUUUUGUGACCGAAUCAUUUCGCAACAUUAGCCUAACAACUCUCUCAGUACACUUUAAGAGGACACAACAUGCUGGAAUAUUACAUUUGAGGGAGAAUUUCCUCGGAGGCUGGCACAUUCCAAAUUUGUCUAAAUCAACGUACUGGCUAUCUAGGAGUUCAAGUAGCGUGACAGAUGGUCCUCUCGAAGUACAGGCGAGGCAGGUAGAGAUAAUUCGUCUUGAAGUGCGUCUAACAGCAGAACCACCGCACAUGCCGGGAUGCCACCAUACCGUUAAAGCAGCCGAUCAUUUACACGCUUGGGUUCAUGCGGAAAUGGGCGUCGGUGCGAAUGGCCAUGUGGACGCCAGACGUCGUAUGGCCUACCGUGUUACAAAAAUAAAAGUGAAACGUCAUAUGUGUAAACAAGCAGAUUGCGAUGUCAGUGACAUUACCGUGCGAGUUAUUUUUCAUUUUAUUUUUUUGUGAAUAUCACAUAAUUGUUAAAUUCCUUUUUGAAGAUAAACAAGUACGCUACAGUAUACUUUAGACAAUCAAGGUUAACACAAAAUACGCUUAGUUUUACCCUACAGUAAUUACUACCACCACCCUCUCCAGGUUAACACAAAAUACGCUUAGUUUUACCCUACAGUAAUUACUACCACCACCCUCUCCCGGUUUUUUUUUACCUGUCUUGCGUUGGAAAUAUAUAUAAAGCUUAAGCAUGCAAAAUACAACAAAUAUUUUACGAACUUUUUACAAAUGUUUGCAUUUAUAAAAUGGGUAUGUAAAAAAAUGUUUUCACAUCUUUAUGAAAUUUGCGAAGUCAGUAUAUUUAUGGAAUAAGAAAGAAAGUGUGUAAAUUUCAAGCAGUUAUCAAGUUUACCAGUUCAGAUAAAUAUUAGGCCUGUUUUUCUCGUUUAUACGAUACGAAUGCCUGACAUUACUUUGUUAGAUUGCUGUCAGCUACAACUUGUUUAAUUGGUUAGGGUAACUUCUUUUUGUAUUUAAAA